GGUCUAACGAAGGGUUUAGCUGACAACAACAAAAACAGAACCGCUGAGAACACAAACACACAAAACAAUGGCAGCAGAUUCCAAACCCGAUCCAUCUAAAAUUCGCUGCCAUCACUGUGCAGGCCCUCUCUCAAUGCAGGCGGAAACAAGUGAGUGGACAGUGGCUCCGUUUGUAAGGGAUAGCUUUUCUAUGAUUGGGUCUGCCGUUGGUGGUACGGCGAGUGCAUUUUACGGAUUCAACCAUGCGAUGCCAGUUGUGCGGAGAUGGGUGAAGGGACCCAUGUGGCUGCAUUUCCUUCUUGGUGCACCCCCGGUUAUAGUAUUCUCUUCAGCUUGUGCAGGACUGGCAGGUGGUGCUGUUCCAGCCUUAGCCCAACUCGCUUCGUCUUCUUACCAUGCAGCGUUUGCAUCACAAACAGUACCUCAUUCGCCUUCAAAGGAUGAUAAGAUGCACAAAUCCAAGACUUCAUCUACCUUGUUUUAACUAGGGGUGUUAGCCGACCCGAGCCGCUUGUGAGCAGCUUGAGCUCGACUUGAUUUUUGUUCGGAUACAGUGUCGAGCCGAGUUCGAGCUCGCCAUAUUUCAGCUCGAAAAGCUCAAUUGAGAAAGUGAAAAAGUGGAGAAUUGGAAAUUUUUUUUUUUUUUUUUUU